CGGAGCAGGGCGCGGCAGAGGACCAAGUCCCGGGUCGGGGCUGCAGGCUCGGGGGUAGACAGGCUCACGGUCGACCCGGAGCCUCCCGGAGCCGCACACCUACCUACCUAUCCCCUCCUCCUUCUCUCGCCUUCCGGACCCCGUAGACGCUGCUCUCCCGGGCUCCGCGCCUUUCCCAACCCGAGCAGGGAGCUGGAUACAGGGGAUGAAAGCAAGAAUUACCUGUUAGUUCCUGAUGGCUUUUACUGUACUGACACAGUUGAUGAUGGCAUCCAAAGUUGAGAAGACCCGUGCUUCACCUCCAUGCUGUAGCACGGAGUCCCUCAUUUCCAGCCUUGGUCUGGGGAUCUUCUGCCUAGUAGUUGACAGACUUCUUCGGUUUUCCAUAAUUCAGCAAAAUAACUGGCUCCGUGCCCUCUCAGAUAACAUAGUACAUGGAGUGAUUGGCAUGUGGUCGUGGGCAGUAGUCAUUGGCAUCAGGAGGAAGUCUGACUUUGGAGAGGUUCUUCUAGCUGGAUUUUUAGCGUCUGUUAUCGAUAUCGACCAUUUUGUUCAAGCUAGAUCCCUAUCCUUACAGGCUGCUUUGACUCUUCCGAGAAGACCUUUCCUUCACUGUUCCACUGUGAUACCCAUCACGGUUCUGAGUGUGAAGCUCGCCAUGCACUUGUUCAAGCUCAGGGACUCAUGGCGCUUCCUCCCGUGGAUGAUAUUCAUUUCCUGGACCUCACACCACAUCCGCGAUGGAAUCCGUCACGGCCUGUGGAUAUGUCCAUUUGGGAAAACUCCUCCUUUGCCCUUCUGGUUUUACGUAAUAAGCACAUUGUCCCUGCCACACAUGUGUUCAUUCCUUAUGUAUUUAACAGGGACUAGACAAACGAUGUCUCCAAAACAUGGACUGCGUGUUGAUGUCUGAGGUGGCUCUAAAAGAAGGAACUAGCUCAGAUGAUGGCAAAUGAAAGAGAGCCCAUCUUCAAAUGAAAUUUAUGAAACAUAUACACUUUAUUUAGUCUUUAUAGUUCAUGUGCCCUCUUCUCCGGGAGCAUACUCAGGACUUACGCUUCCCUCUUUCAUGUGUAUCUAGUGCACUAUUGCAUUUGCCCUAAUUUCAUGCUGGGUCCAGUGUUGUUGUUGUUUCAUAUGACAUUACUGGUUUUGUCUCAUUAAUAUUUAAUCCAUUGUCUAGACAUCUGUCUUUAAAACCAGCCCAUCUCCUGAUCCAAAAGCUCAAAAUUCUGGAUCACUAAUUUAUUUGAAUUCAUAUUUUCCUGAGACACCAAGACAAUAAAGAGGACAAAAUAAAUAAGAUCAUGAUUACACAUAAGUCGAGGGCUAGCAAUUAUUUCAUAUACGUUGGUCCUGACUGAAGAAAUGAUACUAAAAUGUUCUGUGGAUAGUAAUUAUUGGCAAUAUCUAAAAUAACAGCAUUAAAUCUAAGUUACGAUUUCAGAAAUCCAUUUAGGAAGUGAUCAUGAUCACGUUGUCUAUAAUUGCAUCCAUUGACAUUCAUGGGGAUGCUUAAUAUCUUUCCCAAGGAUCUCAUACUUUUCACUGAUUUGGAAAACAUACCUGGAUGUUGAGAAAUAUUUGUUGACAAAGAGCAUUAACAAAAUAACUGGGUCAUCACUGAACUUAAAACACAAAACCAGUACUGAGCAAUGGUGUCACUUCAGGUGCAGACUGCUGACAGCCACUAAAACUGUGGUAGGGCUACCACAUCCUACCACUAGCCUGAAAGACGUAGGAAAUUAUUUUUUUUAAAUCAUCUCUGUACUGAGGACUAAAAGACUUUUCAAAAUAAACUCGUUUUUGGAAAA